AAAUGAUACGAAGGAAGACAUGGUAGUACUUUACUAUGGUGAUACUCGUUUCAUGGUUGAUAACAUUUAAUUAAUCGCGUACCAUCUUCGCUUUAAUUUAUUUACAUCGUAUUUAACGAAUAAUCGAUUAUGUGUAACGGGCAGAACAAAAUUUAAAUAAUUGCGUAUAAGUUUGUAACAGAUGACAUCAUAAAUUUAUCUCGAGAUGAUAGAUAUUCUGUGAGUUUAUUGAUCUUUGCCGACUCGAAGAACGGUAAGCCGGGAUAAAAAUGGGAAUAGGUAAAAGCCAAUUUACCGAAGAUGAACUGCAGGAUUAUCAGGAUUUAACGUAUUUUACGAAAAAAGAAGUUUUGCAUGCGCAUAAAAAAUUUAAAGCUCUUGCUCCAGAAAAAGUUGGUCACAAUAGAAACGCUAAACUUUCGAUGUCAAAAAUUUUACAAUAUCCUGAAUUGAGAGUAAAUCCUUUCGGAGAUAGGAUUUGCAAAGUUUUCAGUUCUAGUCAAGAUGGGGAUUGUACUUUUGAAGAUUUCUUGGACAUGAUGUCUGUAUUUAGUAACGCGGCACCAAAAGCUGUGAAGGCAGAACAUGCUUUCAGAAUAUUUGAUUUUGACGGCGACGACAUGCUUGGCAUCGGAGAUUUAAAACAGGUUGUAGAUAGACUUACUGCUUCUCAAAGAUUAACAGAAACAGAUAUGCAACAAGUUUUACAGUGUAUAUUAGACGAAGCAGAUUUAGAUGACGACGGUGCGUUAAGUUUUGCAGAAUUUGAACAUAUUAUCGAAAAAAGCAACGAUUUCUCCAUGAGUUUUCGUAUACGUUUGUAAAACAUAAAACAUUGAAUUUAACAUAAGACUGAAUGCUACGUUAUUGUUAAAACAUUUUAAUUUAUUAGUAGGCCUAAUCAUUUUUACAACAAGAAG